AUGCGCUACUCACCGUUUGAGGAUGACUGCGGUCAGAUUCACGAACCCCAGGAUAGAAGCCGAGACUACCGCCCAGAUGCUACGGCCUCGGACGAUGAAGACGAUGGCCCAAUUCCAUCGCUGUUGUCUUCGAAGCCGAGGGUAAUGGCACCGAGCGUGUCCAUCCCACGACGUCGGGGAGGAAGCGUCGAGGUAAGAAUACCUGCGGGCAUAGCAAAGAGUCCAAGAGGCCAAGCUCGACCAGCACUCUCGUUGAAAGCCCAAGGAAAACAACGCGCUCCUGAAGAACAAAAGCCGAUGCCCAACAGCGCAGGAUCUGGCUUCGAUCUGAAUGCACCUGCAGAAGAAGAGGUUCCGGACGAACAAGAAUCUGGCACUCACAACGCGCACGACAUUAAGUACACGAUCGACCCCCACGAGACCAACCGAGGAACAGACUACUACAUCAGUUUCUCGGCCAGAGGAUUACCCACAGAAAGACGAAAAGUCGCAUUUGAACAGAUAACAAAGCAUAUGCGCAUCUGGAACAGAUGGGUGAAGGCCGAUUCUGCCGAUCGGGAGAGGGAAUAUAAGAAUAAGUUCGGCCGCUACCUGAAGGCAAAGCUGAAGUGA